CAAAAAUAUCUCACCCCAGAUCAAGAACAAUUUGAAGAGUAUAGAAGUAAUAUACUAUGCCUGAUCAAAUUGAAGGAUCUCCGGGGACUUCCAUGCAUGGAGUCACAGGACGGGAGCCGGUUCUGGCAUUCUCUGUGGCUUCUCCCAUGGUACCCACUGAUACCACAGCCAAAUUCGACCUUCCGGUAGACUCUGAACACAAGGCAAAAGUCUUCAAGCUUUUCUCUUUGGCAAACCCUCACAUGAGAACCUUCCAUCUCUCGUGGCUCUCUUUCUUCACCACCUUUGUAUCCACCUUCGCUGCGGCUCCACUCGUUCCCAUCAUCCGGGACAAUAUUAAUCUCACAAAAUCAGAUAUCGGGAAUGCUGGUGUUGCAUCCGUGUCUGGAAGCAUUUUCUCCAGGCUUGUAAUGGGUGCUGUAUGUGAUAUGCUGGGACCCCGCUACGGCUGUGCUUUCCUCAUCAUGCUGUCUGCUCCAACGGUGUUUUGCAUGGCGUUGGUGGAAGAUGCAAGUGGGUAUAUCGCAGUGAGGUUCAUGAUAGGGUUCUCUUUGGCGACAUUUGUGUCUUGUCAGUACUGGAUGAGCACCAUGUUUAACGGUAAAAUCAUUGGACUAGUGAAUGGGACAGCUGCCGGAUGGGGAAACAUGGGUGGUGGUGCAACACAGCUCUUGAUGCCGGUGUUGUUCGAGAUUAUCAAGAAGGCCGGUGCCACUCCGUUUACAGCGUGGAGAAUUGCCUUUUUUAUACCCGGGUGGAUGAAUGUUAUUAUGGGGAUUUUGGUGUUAACUCUCGGCCAAGAUUUACCAGAUGGUAACCUCGGUGCUCUUCAGAAGAAGGGUGAUGUCGCCAAAGAUAAAUUCGGCAGGGUGUUAUGGUAUGCAGUCACAAACUAUAGGACAUGGAUCUUUGUACUCCUCUAUGGCUACUCCAUGGGUGUAGAAUUAAGUAUUGACAAUGUCAUUGCUGAGUACUUUUACGACAGAUUUGAUCUAAAGCUUCAUCUUGCUGGCAUUGUUGCUGCUACUUUCGGAAUGGCAAACAUCCUUGCUCGACCUUUUGGAGGAUGGACAUCAGAUUUCAUGGCCAAAAGGUUUGGAAUGCGUGGCCGACUAUGGAACUUAUGGCUUCUCCAGACAGCCGGAGGGAUUUUCUGCGUCUGCCUCGGCCUAGUCAACUCCUUACCUUUAGCCAUCACCUUUAUGAUCCUCUUCUCCAUCGGAGCACAAGCUGCAUGUGGUGCAACAUUCGGCAUCAUCCCUUUCAUUUCCAGAAGGUCUCUAGGUAUCAUCUCAGGAAUGACCGGAGCCGGUGGAAACUUUGGAUCUGGGCUGACCCAAUUAGUGUUCUUUGCAAACGCAUCAUUCUCGACUGCAAAAGGGUUGUCUUACAUGGGUAUCAUGAUCAUAUGUUGUACACUUCCAGUGAGUUUGGUUCACUUUCCUCAGUGGGGGAGCAUGUUCUUUCCGGCUAGUAAUGAUCAAGUCAAAGGCAGUGAGGAAAAUUAUUAUGUUUCUGAGUGGACGGAGGAGGAGAAGCAAAAGGGGAUGCACCAAGGAAGCAUUAAGUUUGCCGAGAACAGCCGGUCGGAGCGUGGAGGGAGGGUGGCGUCGUUUCCCAGCCCACCAAAUUCUACACCUAACCAUGUUUGAUUUAUUUCAAUUAAUCUCGGGACCAAUUAGUUUUGUUCUUGAAAUAUUAUAUGCAACAAUCAUGGAGGGAUUUGCUUGCUUGGUAUAUCUAAGUGAGGCAUGAUAAAGUUAUACAUAUGCAUUUAUAUGUGAGUUCAAGUUUGUAGCCCAAUGUGUAAUAUAUGUAUAACUUGAAAUAUAGUAAAGCUUUGUUUC